AGUGGCGGCUGGCCCAGGCGGCCUGCGUUUGGGCCUCCUCCAAGACUCGCCCCGCAGCAGGGCGGCGCACCCCGGGAGCCUAUAAGGGCCUCUCCACCGCCCCGGCUGCUCACUUGAGCCACAGCCGCCGCAGCCCCCUCUGCGCCCACGGCCCCCCACCAUCCAGCCAUGGAGGCCAUCAAGAAGAAGAUGCAGAUGCUGAAGCUGGACAAGGAGAACGCCAUCGACCGGGCCGAGCAGGCGGAGUCGGAUAAGAAAGCUGCCGAGGAAAAGUGCAAGCAGGUGGAGGAGGAACUGACCCACCUCCAGAAGAAGCUUAAGGGGACUGAGGAUGAGCUGGACAAAUACUCCGAGGACCUGAAAGACGCGCAGGAGAAGCUGGAGCUGACGGAGAAGAAAGCCUCCGACGCCGAAGGUGAUGUGGCAGCUCUCAAUCGACGCAUCCAGCUCGUUGAGGAGGAGUUGGACAGGGCUCAGGAACGACUGGCCACAGCCCUGCAGAAACUGGAGGAGGCGGAAAAGGCUGCAGAUGAGAGUGAGAGAGGGAUGAAGGUGAUAGAGAACCGCGCCAUGAAAGAUGAGGAGAAGAUGGAGAUUCAGGAGAUGCAGCUUAAAGAGGCCAAGCACAUCGCCGAGGAGGCUGACCGCAAAUACGAGGAGGUAGCUCGUAAGUUGGUCAUCCUGGAGGGUGAGCUAGAGCGGGCAGAGGAGCGUGCCGAGGUGUCCGAAUUAAAAUGUGGUGACCUGGAAGAAGAACUCAAGAAUGUCACUAACAAUCUGAAGUCACUAGAGGCUGCAUCUGAAAAGUAUUCUGAAAAGGAGGACAAAUAUGAAGAAGAAAUUAAGCUUCUGUCUGACAAACUGAAAGAGGCUGAGACCCGUGCCGAAUUUGCAGAGAGAACAGUUGCGAAACUGGAAAAGACAAUUGAUGACCUGGAAGAAAAACUUGCCCAGGCCAAAGAAGAGAACGUGGGCUUACAUCAGACACUGGAUCAGACACUAAACGAAUUAAACUGUAUAUAACCAAAACAGAAGAGUCUUGUUCCAACAGAAACUCCAGAGCGCCGUGUCUUUCUCUUCUCUUGUAAGAAGUUUCUUUUGUUAUUGCCUCUUCGCUUUGCUGGAAAUGUCAAGCAAAUUAUGAAUACAUGACCAAAUAUUUUGUAUCAGAGAAGCUUUGAGCACCAGUUAAUCUGUUCCUUCCUUUUUUCCAAAAUGACACCAGUUUUUUCAGCUCUAUUUUUAAUCCUUAAAUUGCAUAUAUUCCUAAGGUAGGCAGGGUAUUUCAUAUUGAGCAUACAUACUCUCUUUUAAGACUGAGGGCAUUUGGUUCCUGGGAGAAUAGACAACCCCACACUUUCAAAACACAGAUUCUGAUGUCUAGUCAUGGGUCAGUUUAAAACGUUGGAGAAUGUCCACCAUUGGUCACGUGGUAGGAGGCCAGGGAUCGUCACAUUAAAAUGGGUGGGGAUUUUCCAUCCAGACCAAAGUGGGGGUGGGGUUACUGUGGGAAGUCAUAAACCACAGAGAGGUUAACCUGAUCAUCCCGGCUCUUUUCCGCACUCCACCGUGCAGAACAGAACAAACAUCCUCUGAGCAGUCAGCAUGAGAGUGCUCAGAAAAGAGUCAUAAUAAUUACCCAGAUGUUUUUUGGAUAGAUCCUUGAUAUGCUCUUCUCUAUGUUUCUUUUGCUCUAAGUUCUCUGAGGAGCUGAUGUCUUAUUCCAAUAAUGACCCAUGCUUAUCUGCUCUGAUAUGAGGCCAUCCACUCAGGAGGAAUGAAUGUUGGAGAAUUCAGUCCUAUUCAGAGAAGCAGUCUUUUUCAAAACUAUCAGUAAUUGAGCAAGACUGUUUUUCUGUGAACAAAUAUUAGGCAGAAUGGCCCUCUCAGACAGCAAAGUAAAAACUAAAAAAUUGGCAUAACUUCAUCUCUAUACUCACGAGAAUGGCAAAUUGGAGAUUUACUUAUCUAGAUUUUUAAUUCCUUCUUCAGGACCAAGUUAAUCAAAGACCGAGAAACUCCUGAUUAAACUGGAUAUGGAGUAUUUUGUACACAGGGCAUUUUGUUCUGUUUCUGCUUUCUCAGUUAACAUCUCAGAGCUGAAACAUUCCACAUUCCCCAGCAGUGUGGGGGCCAACUCAAGUUUACAAUUCUGACUAAAAGAAUCACCCUGCUUCUAGCUUAUCUGAAUCCUCUGCCCCUCACUCCUAUUUAUUAAGCGCCACACUACCCAGGAGAUACACUAGCAAAUUGUGCAAUUGAAUAAAACCCACUUUCCAUUUAGAUUCUUGCAACUGUAUCAUAUGUAAUAGUAUCACUUUUUCUACAUUUUGGUCAAAUAAAUUUUUACAUAAACUCCAA